GUCGCGGUUACUAAGCAACCGCAGAGUCAGUGGAAGUCAACGAGGCGUGCUAUAAACAGCCUCGAUGAUUGGACAAGACACCGAAACGACCAAUCGCCACCGGGUUUCUUCCAAACUGCCGGACUGAGAAUACUGUUUUUGAGGGUUGUAGCAUUAGCAUUAGCGGAGGACAGGAGCAGCACCAGCGAAGCUGCAUGUCUGAAAAAAUGAGCUAUAAACGGAGUAUCGGCGACACGGAGUACCUGAAAAAGAGAAUCCCACAGAAUCCCAAAUAUCAGCAUGUCAGAUCGAGGCUUGACACAGGUUGCAGCUUGACAAAGUACAUGGAAAAGCUGGAGGAGAUAAAGAAAAAUUACAGAUAUAGGAAAGAUGAACUUUUUAAGAGACUUAAGGUGACCACGUUUGCUCAGCUGGUGAUUCAAGUUUCUUCUGUGGCCAAUCUGAAUGAGAGUAUAAUGGAUGAAAUACCUAGACUUGAAGAUGAUGUUUCUGAAAUAGAUCAUCUUAUAGAUCAGAACAACGACUCCCCCCAGCGGACACCUCAACCUGUAAAAUUCAUAGACAACAAUGAAUCAGGCGACACUGGCUUUUCUCCCAGAUCCACACUACAAAGUGUGAUCAGUGGAGUUGGAGAAAUGGAUUUGGAUAAGAAUGGACAGAAGACCAUUAGCCCGACUCCAGUGACCACCCCCAGCUCAGCAGAGCGCCCCUAUAUGGACUGCCCCUACCUGCUGCUGGAUGUAAGGGACAGAGACCAGUAUGAUCAGUGCCACAUCAUCAGUGCACACAGUUACCCUAUUGCAACCCUAUCAAGAACAAUGAAUCCUUACACUAAGGAAGUGCUCGAUUACAAAAACGCCCCUGGAAAGAUCAUUAUCUUAUAUGAUGAAGAUGAAAGGCUGGCCAGUCAGGCAUCCACCACCAUGUGUGAGAGGGGCUUUGAAAAUCUUUUCAUGCUUUCUGGAGGUCUGAAAGUGAUCACGCAGAAGUUUCCAGAAGGAAUGACGACUGGCACUAUUCCCAUCUCUUGCCUUCCAUCUCCAAAGGGCUCUUCAGGACGAAAGUAUUCCACUCGUUGUCAGACAGUGCAGCUCGCAGAGAGAAAGUGGCGUUUCACCUCAGAAGACCUUAACAAGAUCCAGCAUUAUCUGGAUGAAGUGCUCAUACCAAGUGAGACCAGCAGUCGUUUGAGCAGCAGGAUGUCUACUGGCAGUGCCCACUCUAAAGUGUCCAGUGCUCGGAGUAGUCGCCAGGGCUCAGUGAGUUCCAGAGCACAGAGCAGUCGACCCUGGAAAUAAGCCCUGCCUUCAUCAUCGUGAUCUUCAUCACCUCAGCCCAAAAUAAAACACUAUCUAUUCUGAUACUACAUGCAAGACUGUAACAAUUAGUGAUGGGCACCAAACCUUUACAUCUACAUUAUUUAACCUUCAUACUGUCUCCUGUAGACUAGCUGUAGGAAUCAAUUCAGUUAUUACAGACUGAAAUACUUGAUUAUUAUUGAUCACUGAUAAUGUUCUGAUGUUUGAUGCCUGAAAUGAAGACACUGCAUUCAUUCAUUCAUUUAGAUAGAUGUGUUUUAAAAAUCAUAAGACAGUUUCAGUUUACAGUAGAGAUGUUGUAAGUCUAUUCUCACUCUGAUAGAAGCUUAUUUGAACUCUGGAGUGGAUUUCUGCUGAAAUACUCUAAAAUGAAAAGAUUACAGCUUUUGUUUUACUGUCCUUAAUGCUUUAAGGCUUUAAUAAUUUGUAUUUAAAUUGCUUUAUUUCUGAUUGUGCAGGUAUGCUACCUUGCUUUAAAGUGUUUUUCUGGUGCUUUUUGUUAUUUUUACUCUUAGCAUUAAGCAUUCCCCUCCAUCCAGAUGUUACUUAUUUUAGCAGGUCUUAAUAUUCGCAUGUUUAAAUCAAGAGCAAGUUUCAGUCAUUAUCUUCCAUAUCUUGCCUGUAGAGAGCUGUAUAUUAAAACAAACUUACCUCAUAAACACAUACAGCAGCUCGACCUUCCACUGGUGUUGGACUAAAAAAAAUCUUAUCUACCUUAUUCUGCCACGACCACUUUCAAGAGUUUGUUUCUUCUGCAUGUAUUAGAAUAUCUGGUUAGUUCAUAUUAAAUGGCUUGUGGACACUGAUCAUAAAGCUGCUAGCUAUGCUAACCCAACAUUCCAACAGACUAUUUAAGCCUAUUUACAGCAUAGCUAACCAGCUUUCACUCGCAGAUAGGAGUGCUGUGUGGAGUUAGCUUGCUUACGCUUGCUAACUUGUAUCCACUGCCAUCCAGAGAACUGAAGUGCUGUAGCUGUGGAUGAAGGAGCUAAAUUGAAAACAUCCUCCCAAACAUCCAUAUGUCUGCUCUAACCAGACGUUAGCUUUAGAGCUAAUCGACAGGGUGUACCCAGGGGUACAGGGUGUGUGUAGCGGGUAAACCUCACAGCACACCCACUUUACUAAAGCUUCAGAACUUAGAACCUGUUUCUCUGGGUAAGAGCAGACAUAUGGGCGUUUGGUUGAAUGUGUUAAAUUUAGCUACUACAGAUCCAUGGGGCUUAGUAAAAUAUGGAAUCUGGCAAUAGCUUUGUCUACCAAUCUUCAGAGUUAUUUAUAUUUUUAACACAGACUAAAUAACCAUUUGAGUAAUUCUUAAAUAAAUAAUAAAACUCUGAGAUAACGAGAAGCUAAAAUGUAUUAAUUAGCUGACUAGUUAAUUUACCAGCUCCUAUAUAUUACUUCUUCUGUAGGUUUAUUAUCACUGUGGAUGUAAUCUAUAUCAGUGGUCUCCUGCUGCACCGGACAUUCUAACGCCGAGUAAACACAUAUGCCCCUCCUUGUCGUCACGCAGAAUAAGGUGGAUAGAGCACAGCUUAAUUAUUGUUUUGUGUUGCUGAGAGAUGUUAGAAAUUCAGCACUUUUGUGAGCCGUGAUUGGCCCGAUUGAAGGCAGCACCAGAGCAGUGCUUCAGUAUUGCUGCGCCUAACAGCAGUAGUUUGUGAAAACGGAAGAAUAGAUGAAGGAGCCCAAGUGCAUUUACUGUAUCUCUAUUAUAAAAGUGCAUUGAAGAUCUGAGUGAUGGGCCUGCUAGGCCAGUUACUUUGUUUGUUUGUUUGUUUAUUUGCGUGUGUGUGUGUGUGUGUGUGUGUGUCUGGAAGUGAGAGGUUUUCAUUUCUUCUUAACCAAUGAAAAAUGGAAUGUAAACUACCUAGUUUAUUGUUCAUGUAUAUUUAAAGUUAAAUAAAGGAAUAUUUUAUACUUUAAAUACGUUUUAAUCAUUUAUGCCACAUCAUCUGAAUAGAACAUGGAAGACCAAACAAUUUUUUAAUCCUUCCUGACCUGCAUUUGAUAGGCAGUGGUAUCUUGGCACAUAAUAUAAACUUUAAUAUUAAUUGUAAAGUCCAUGUUUUUGUUACUUGGUAUUAUUCAAUGUAUUUACCUUUUUUAAGAUAUGUGUGCCUUUUUAGUUUUACUGUUAACACAGAUAAUAAUAAUAAUAAUAAUAAUAAUAAUAAUAAUAAUAAUAAUAAUAAUAAUAAUAAUAAUAGUAAGAUAUUUAUUUGUAGUGGGAAAACUAGGAAUUUUUAAAAGGUAUUUUGAAACAAGUAACCUUUAAACACAAUACCUACAGUAAAAUUAUCUACAGGAACUCCUUACUCCUUACAAUCCGCCGCGUUCACUCCGCUUCCAAGACGCUGGCCUGUUAUUAGUCCCGCGUAUUAGAAAAAACUAUACAGGAGGAAGAGCGUUCUUUUAUAAAGCUCCCCAACUUUGGAAUAGCCUCCCUAUUAAUUUACGGGACUCAGACACACUCUCAAUCUUUAAAUCUAGACUCAAAACAUUUCUAUUUGCUCAAGCUUUUGAGUAAUGUCUCAUUACAAUUUUCUUCCUCUUACAGCUUAUCCAGCAAAUAUAAACCCUGUCCUAAUCAUCUGCUUUCUCUUUCUCUCCCCAUGUCCUGAGCUGCUGCUACCAGUGCCCAUCCCACUCCAGCAGAGUUUUAUAAAACCAUUCUAACCCCUUUCUCUUCCCUCCCCUCUCUGUUCUCUCUCUCUAUCUUUCUCACAUGUGCUGAGACGCCUGGCCGGCCGGUCUUCCUGGAUGCGUCCGUCUGUGGUUCCAGCUUUCAGGAAUCAGCCCUGUCCUUCUACUCAGAAUUAUUACACAGCCCUUCUAACUUCUGCUUUUUUUUUCUCUUCCUUUCCUUUCUGUUUUCUCUAUCUAUCUCUUUUACAUGUAUGGAGAUGCCCUGUUCCUGAUGUUCCCAGCCUGGCUCUCCACUGCCCGCUGUGUCGUUCUCCGGCUCUGCAACCCUGCACUGAUUACCAUUAACACACUCAGUAUCUGUUUCUGUAUUAGCCAUAGCUCUAUAGUUUGUGCCCAUCACAUUCUUAUAUUCAUAAAUUAGUACCUGUUAUAUUAGCCAUAGUUCACAUUAAUUCUCUGUACUGUUUUUGUUCUGUUAUUUGUUUGUUGUUUGUUUGUACUGAGCGGGUCAACCCGAGUAGGAUGGGUUCCUCGGACUGAGUCUUGGUUCCUUCCAAGGUUUCUUCCUCUUAAAGGGAGUUUUUCCUUGCCACUGUGUCACCAUAAAAUUGGCAUCUCUGUGGUGCUGCUCAUAAGAGGCGUGGACCUGUUUUUCCUGUAAAGCUGCUUUGUGACAACCUUUGUUGUAAAAAGCGCUAUAUAAAUAAAAUUGAAUUGAAUUGAA